AAAUAAUAAAAAAGCAUAAAUAAAUAAAUUGUAUUGUAAUAAUAAAACUAGAACAGUAACCUUUUUUCCCUCUUUUUUUUUCAUAUAUUUUUUUUUCUCUUUCUAGUAUUCGUGUAUUUAUAAAGUAUUCUCUAUACGAGAAAAAUAGUAAAGUAAAUACAGAUCAGGGACAGAAAAAUUGCUUGGAUCAACUAAAUCAUUAUCAUUAUUAUAUACACAACUUGUCCUCUCCUUUUUUUUUACUUUUCAGUUUAAUAUAUUAAAUUCCUCAUUGUCAAUUCAAUCAUCAUUACAACUAAAAAAGAAUGUUGGCAUCAGCACAAAUCAAUAAUAACAAUCAACUUACUCCCAACUUCAAAGUUCAACAACAACACCAACAAUUUUUAUUGUCUGCUGAGAUGCAGCAAGAACAAGCAAAAUUGCUUGAACCUCUUUACCAUCAAUUAAUUGGACCUACUUAUGAUAAUAGCAUCGUUGCCAUUCAGAAUUGUAGAGACAUAUGUGCCAAGUUUGGAUUUACCAUCAAACAAGAAGCGAGUACUCAUAGAAGUAUUUAUGUCUAUUGUUCUCGAGAAGGUCUAGCUGAUUCUCAAAGAAAUCCUAAAAUUAAACCUCAAAGGAAAAGACCUUCCAAGAGAUGUGAUUGUCGUUGGCGUGUUGUCUUGUUUGAGAAUGAAGAUAAGAAAUGGGAAUUUAGAAAGUCCAUGAAUCCUCAUGCUGAUAAACAUAAUCAUGAACUGAUGCGACCUGAAGACGUUGACCGAUCUUGGCCUAAAGAAGUGACAGAAUUUAUAUCAGAACUUACUCGACAACGAAUGACAACACAAGAUAUUCGAAUGCAAGUACAAGAACGUUUUCCCGAUUUACAAUGGAACGAACGUCGUUUUUAUAAUCGAAUUUCUGAAGAACGUCAAAGAAUGAAAGUAAAAGAAUCCAUGGCAAGAGCUCUUGAAUUGGAUACCAUCUGGAGUAAAGUCUGUAUGAUCACGGCUGGAAAUGAAGAAUUAUUUCAAUUUGUCAAACAGGAAUUGGUCGUGCUUUUUCAAUCUAUUUGUGAAUCGGCUCAAAUUGACUCCAAUACCUUUCCUGAACCCUUUAUUUUAAAAGAUGAAGAGAACAGUGAAGAAGAUUCCGAAAAUGAUAAUAGCAAUCAUGAAUCUUAUGGUCAACAACUAUCUUCAACUACUCUAAAAUCAAAUCAUUUAAAAUUAGCAGAUGAAAUAAUAACUGCCGCGCCAAAAGGAUUCAUCACUCUAGAGAUACCUAAAAAGUUCUAUUUUAUCAAAAUGCAUAGUUUACGACAAGUAUAUGAAGUUCAACAUUUAAAAAUUCACCAACAAAAGACACGCUUACUAGCAUCUGAAGAAGAUGAUGAUCAGCAACAACAACGUGCGAGGAAAAUAGCUAAAAAGGGAAAGGACAGGCCUAUUUAUUUCACGGAUGAAAGUCAAAAAAUAAUUCCUGAAAUAGCAGUACAUCAUCAUUCUAUUAUACCAUCACCAUUUGAUCACAGUAGUCAACAUGAUAACAAUAUCAACCCUACAUCGAACUCAGUUCCCAUCUCUUCUGAUCAAAUCUCACCUUCAGCAUUUGUUUUUUCAUACGAUAAUAAUCAUAAUAUGGCUACUAUUGACACUUCAUCUUUAACAAAUUAUGUAAAUCCUUCAUUUCAACCUAAUUAUGCUGCUGCUGCUGCUGCUGCUGCUGCUGCCGCCGCCGCCGCCGCCGCCGCUAAUGUUAACAUCUCUACUAGUCCCUCACCAAAUACGCCUAAUUUUAACACAUCUGGUAGUAGUAGUAGUAGUAGUAUCUCUUUUCCAUAUGACCAACAACAACAACAACAACAACAAUUCUCUUCUCCGCCCAUGCUUCAAAAUAGCAUUGAAUCAUCAACAACAACAACAACAACUAACAACAUAAACAAUAAUAACGAUAAUAGCAACAAUAACACUAAUAACACUAAUAAUAACCCUACUAUAUUACAUCAAGAUAACCCUAAUACUAAUAACCCUAAUAACCCUAAUAAUAAUAAUAAUAAUAAUAAUAUCACGCAACAUUUAUCAGCCAAUAAUGCCGCACUUUAUUCCAUGACAACAUCACAGCAACCAAAUAAAAUAGCAACAAGAUACAUGUUACCCUCAAUUCAAUCUAAUCAUUUAACUUUUCAAGAAGAUUUAUUUAUUCACCCUUCAUCAUCACCUUCUUCUCGUUCACUCUCUCUUGCUGCAACUAAUACAUUACUUCCUAUCUAUCGUCACCCAUUAUCAAAUGCCAUACAGAUAUCUGAUUCACCUAGAAUUCAUCAAAAGCAUUCAAGACAGUCAUAUUAAAGAAUAAUAAUAACAGUAAUAAUAAAUAAAAAUAAUAAAUAGUAAUAAAUAAUAAAUAGAAAUAAAUAGUCA